AUGAUCAUCCUGAGACGAGCGGCGGACGACGCCAAUGAGCGGCCGGCUGCUCGUCUUUGCGUGUUAGUCCUCGCUUGCUUCGGCGCAACAGCGCUUGGCCUCCUCGCCGUGCGGCCCGAUGAAAUGGAAGCCGUCAAUCCCAAUGCCACCGUCCGCGAUGUGCAAGUGGAGAAUGCCCUCGCCAGCGCCAGCGCCGGCGACCCGGAGGCCGCCUGGCGCCUGCUGCUGCACCCGCCCGAGUCGUGGAACACUCCACCGCUUCCCGAGGAGUGCGCAGCGCGCCCUGCCGCCCGCGACGUGCAGGCGACCCAAUUGGAGCCCUUCAACGAGAGCGCGGCUCGCCGCCUCGCGACGAUAAACGCGGCCGCGCUCUGCGGCGUCAGCGGACUGCGCGGGUGGACGUGUGGCCGCUGCGGCGGUCAAGUGCAGAAUGUGACGCUGAUCACCUCGCGCUGCACGCCCGGCGAACAUGGCUGCGACCGGUUCUGGGCGGCCUCGGACGCCGUCAGCGCAGUGGAGGAGGCGAGGCAGCACUGGUACUUUGGCAAGUACUUCCAAAAGGUCACCGCCCCCGGCUGGGUCCCGGGGAAAUACUAUUCCGAGGCUGUCACUAAGUCGGCGACGCACGGGGACGGGUCUGUCCUCGCCGCGGUGCUCGUCGAGCCGGAGCGGCGGUGGGUGGUGGUCGCGUUUCGCGGCACGCGCGACGCGGACGCGGGCGCGUGGAUGAUCAACUUCGACUGCAAGCAGGAGGGGCUCGUGGGCGGGGACGCUUGCGUGCACGAGCGGGUCCACCACGGCUGGCACGAGGCGUGGAGGCAGCUGCGGCGGCGCGUGCGCGCGGCGCUCGAGUCGCUUCUCGCGGCGCUGCCCGGCUACCGACUUGUCAUCACGGGCCACUCCAUCGGCUCCGCCCUCGCAACGCUCAUGAUCGACGAGUGGCUCGACGACGGAACCCUACCCACGCUCUCCGCUCGCUCGCAGCCGCCGCUGCUCCUCACCUUCGCCGGCCCGCGCGUGGGCAACGCCGCCUUCGCCGACGCGCUCGACGCCGCCCUCGCGCGGCACGGGCUCACCCUCUUUCGCGUGGUCAACCAGUUCGACCUGAUCCCCAGAAUACCUAACCCGUCGACGCCCGGCGGAGGGGAGUGGCAGCACGCCGGGGUGCAGGUGUGGCUGACGCCGGAGUCGGGCGGCGCGGUGGCCAAGGUGUGCGGGCUCGGAGAGCUCUGCCACGAGGCGGCGCCCUCGUUCCGCCUCAACAUGCAGGACCACACCUCCUACUUUGGGGUCUCGUCGGCUGGAUCGGGCUGCUGA